UGUUCACUGAACGCUUUUUUCGCUGAACGCGCCCAAUCAGAACUCGCGCUGGUUUCUGCUUUCUUUUACUAUAUUACCAGCGCGAGUUCUAAUUGGCUGCUGCCUUUCUGCUUUCCGCUUUUCUGCCAAAAUGUGAAUCCGCCCUAACUCUACAAUCCUAUUUACCGCGCGUGAAUUAGAUUCAUUACCAUAUCCAGAUAUCAUCUGGAUAUAAAAAGAAAUUAAAAAAUGGGAGACAGCGAAGAACUAUAUUCCCAAUUUCAUGUUUUUCAUGAUCAUGGGCAAAUGUUUGUGCUUUGUCUCAUAUGCCAAACGGUUAUAAAAAGUGAUGAUGAGAGGUUACAGAAGCAUAGGAUGGUUUGUAAUGAUAAUAAACAAGCAAAUAAUAAUAAGGCUAAAAAACGGAAAGUCACCAAGAGCAAUACAACUAAUAUGCACUCAUCAUUCAACGAUACAGCCCAGACUGCGUCGGAUAAUGUGCAAAAAUCUUCUAACGACGGCCUCAAUACUAUUGACGAAGCAUUGGCCAAAUUUUUUUUCGGUUGUAAUAUAUCGUUUUUUGUCGUAGAACCGGUACAUUUUAAAAAUUUUAUAUCUAUUUUAAAUCCGACUUAUAAACUGCCGACAAGGAAGACUUUAUCUACAAGUAUCUUGGAUAAAUUUCAUACAAAGAUGAUUGCCGCUAGAAAAGAGUCUUUGAAGAAUACAGAAUCUGUACUUUUAAUCGAUGGCUGGAAAAAUUCCUCUGCCAAUACAAAAAAUAUUGUUUGCGUUUUAUACAAUGCGAGCAAAAAGCAACAAGUUUUUCUAGAGUCCUACGACAUUUCUGGCCUCCAAGAAACUGCAAUAGCUUUAAAAAAGGUAGUUAACGAAGUAACUGAACUAGCUAUGGACUUGUAUGGCACGACUAUAUACGCUGUUGUUUCUGAUAAUGUCUCGUCAAUGAUUGCCAUGGGAAAGUCUAUUGACUUAUGGCAUACCACUUGCAAUAGUCACAGUGCCAAUCUUUUAGCUAAAUUUUUAGUACAGAAGAGCUUCGCAAUUAAAGUUAAUGCUUUAUUAAAAGAAUUUAAAAAUCCGAAUUUAGAAGUCGAACUAAUAAAGAGGGGUGGAUCAAAAAUUGUUUUAGCAUAUGAAACACGCUGGUGUAGUCAUCGUGAUUCGUUCAAAUGUGCAUUGAAAAAUUUAGAUAUUAUGCGAACAGUCGUACAAGAGAAGCAAAUAAAGUUUAACAACGAAAGUGAUGCAUUGCUUCAGAGUUCAGAAUUUGAAACAAAUCUACAGGAUUAUAUUUUGAUAUUCGAUCCAGUUUGUGAAUUGGUAAACAAAUGUCAAAGAUCAUCAUCGAAUAUUGCUGAUGCAGUUGAGUAUUGGCUAACGCUAAAUCUUUCUACUGAUAAUGAUAAUUAUAACACACUUCUAGAAGCUCGCAUACAAAAAGCGACAAAACCCAUUUGUUUUGCAGCUAACUUCUUACAUCCAAUGUAUCAAGGCCAAAGAUUAUCAUAUGAUCAACGUGAAUGGUCAAUUAAUUUUAUUAAAGUACAUUCAAAUGAAAUAAGUGUAAAAGAAUUAGAAACAUUCCAGGCUAAAACAGGAUUUUUUGAAAAAAUAUUUACUAAGAAUAUAAAAGAUCCACAUAUAUUUUGGUCUACAUAA